AUGCUUACCGGUGCCGCUUUCGCUUCUGCUGCAACACUACUCGCGUUUGCAUUGCGUAUUUAUGCUCACGGCCAUCUCAACCAGCCCAACCCGACUUUCAAGGAUGGCGAGUCCACCGUCAAUUGGGUUGCUCAGAUCGAGAACUUCUGGGAUAUCGGCUCUGGAGGGGACCAAGUGGGAAAGUUUAAAACAAUGGCCAAGGAGAAGGGCGUGAGCGUGAAGGAUGUCUUGCUAGAAAUGGUUGGACCUGACAAGAAGUGUGGCUUCACGACUACGGAGGUGGAGCCCCAACCAAUUCCGACGGACGGAAAGGCGAAAUGGCUCGGUAACGACGGCGGAGGUUUUACGCACACGGGCCCCUGCGAGCUGUACAUCGACGAUAAGAUGGUCCUUCACAGCGAUGACUGCGAGUCAGAUUAUCCUGGUGGCCCGAACGAUUCGGGCGAAAUGUCUGUGAUGCCGGUGGACUAUUCAUCGUUCAAUUGUGUGCCUCUUUCUGGUAGUGGCGGAGCGUCUACACCGGCGCAGUCGAGUGCGAAUUCGUCGACGGUGACAAACUCAACCGAAUCUCCGUCCACCAAAACGGAAGCUCCACAGACCCAGUCGGAGACUACGUUGGCUCAGUCGCCAACGACCGCGUAG